UGCGCGAUGAAUGCACUGGCUUUUAACGGGCAUAUGCCUGGAAUAUCUAUGAUUAUGGAUCUCUUGUACUUUCUAUGGAUGCUGCCAUCGGUAUGGGCUGUCGAAGAGGUACUAAUGGAUUCAACAACUGCGACGGCAGAACUGGGCUGGAAUACCUACCCAUCUCAAGGGUGGGAAGAAGUUAGUGGCUAUGAUGAAAAUAUGAACACCAUCCGAACAUACCAGGUGUGCAAUAUCUUCAAUACCAGCCAGAACAACUGGGUCCGCACCAAAUACAUCCGUCGCCGUGGUGCUCAGCGCAUCCAUGUUCAGAUGAAGUUCUCUGUGCGUGACUGUAGUUCCAUACCCAAUGUCCCUGGCUCCUGCAAGGAGACCUUCAACCUCUAUUUUUUUGAGUCUGACUCAGAUCUGGCCACUAAAUCAUACCCACCCUGGAUGGAAAACCCUUGGGUGAAAGUGGACACUAUAGCAGCUGAUGAAAGCUUCUCUCAGGUUGAUCUGGGUGGCCGCAUCAUGAAAAUCAACAGUGAAGUUCGAAGCUUUGGACCUGUUUCCCGCAAUGGGUUCUAUCUUGCUUUCCAGGAUUAUGGCGCCUGCAUGUCACUGAUUGCUGUCCGAGUCUUCUACAGGAAAUGUCCCCGUGUUAUCCAGAAUGGAGCCGUUUUCUCUGAGACACUGUCCGGAGCAGAGAGCACCUCUCUUGUGGCAGCCAGAGGAGUGUGUGUUCCCAAUGGUGAGGAGGUGGAUGUACCCAUCAAGCUGUACUGCAAUGGCGAUGGGGAGUGGAUGGUACCUAUUGGCCGCUGCAUGUGCAAAGCCGGAUAUGAGGCUGUGGAGAAUGGUACAGUCUGCAAAGCAUGCAUCACAGGCUUCUUCAAGGCUGCACAGGGAGACCACAAAUGUCUACAGUGCCCCAUUAACAGCCGGACCACCAGCGAGGGAGCAACUAACUGUGUCUGUCGCAAUGGCUACUAUCGCACUGACUCUGACCCUCCGCAGAUGCCUUGCACCACUGUUCCAUCAGCGCCACAAAAUGUCAUCUCCAUAGUAAACGAGACUUCUCUGAUGCUGGAGUGGAGCCCCCCAAAGGAGAGUGGUGGCCGAGAAGAUGUUGUUUACAACAUCAUAUGUAAGAGUUGUGGCAGUGGCCGCAGCGGCUGCACCCGCUGUGGUGACAACGUGCAGUUUAUCCCACGUCAGCUGGGACUCACCAACACUCAAGUGCAUAUCAGUGACCUCAUGGCUCACACACAGUAUACCUUUGAAAUACAAGCCGUCAAUGGAGUGUCUGAUCAGAGUCCUUAUUCACCGCAGUACACAUCUGUCAACAUCACCACCAACCAGGCUGCACCAUCAGUAGUGUCCAUCAUCCACCAGGUCAGCAGAACCACUAACAGCAUCACUCUGUCCUGGUCCCAACCUGAUCAGCCCAAUGGGGUUAUCCUGGACUAUGAACUGCAGUACUAUGAGAAGAACCAAGCAGAAUGGAACUCGUCUUUAACGAGGAGUCAGACCAACACGGCAGUCAUACGAGGCUUAAGGCCUGGAACCAUAUACGUCUUUCAGGUGCGGGCUCGGACUGUCGCUGGAUUUGGACGCUUCAGUGGCAAAAUGUACUUCCAAACCAUGACUGAAGAGGAAUAUAACUCCAUCAUCCAGGAGAAGCUUCCCCUCAUAAUUGGUUCAUCUGCUGCAGGGGUAGUCUUUAUCAUUGCAAUCACUGUCGUCAUAAUAGUUUGUCGCAGCAGGAGAAACUCUGACAGACCAGAAUCUGACUAUACAGACAAACUCCAACAUUACACCAGUGGCCACAUGUCACCUGGAAUGAAGAUCUACAUUGACCCCUUCACAUAUGAAGAUCCCAAUGAAGCAGUUAGGGAGUUUGCCAAGGAGAUUGACAUUUCCUGUGUAAAGAUCGAACAAGUGAUUGGAGCAGGAGAGUUUGGAGAGGUGUGCAGUGGAAAUCUCCGACAGCCUGGGAAAAGGGAGAUUUUGGUGGCUAUUAAGACUUUGAAGGCAGGGUACACUGAACGCCAGAGGAGAGACUUCCUGAGUGAAGCAUCCAUCAUGGGUCAGUUCGACCACCCCAACAUCAUCCAUCUGGAGGGGGUGGUUACCAAGAGCAGCCCUGUUAUGAUCAUCACUGAAUUCAUGGAGAAUGGAUCCCUUGACUCCUUCCUUAGGCAAAAUGAUGGGCAGUUCACCGUGAUCCAGCUGGUAGGAAUGCUGCGUGGCAUAGCAGCGGGAAUGAAGUACCUGUGUGACAUGAACUAUGUCCACCGAGACCUGGCAGCUAGGAACAUCUUGGUCAACAGCAACUUAGUGUGCAAAGUGUCUGACUUUGGCCUGUCACGAUUCCUUGAAGAUGAUACUUCAGACCCCACUUACACCAGUGCUCUGGGAGGGAAGAUUCCCAUCAGGUGGACAGCACCAGAGGCCAUUCAGUACAGGAAAUUCACCUCCUCCAGUGACUGCUGGAGCUAUGGCAUAGUCAUGUGGGAGGUGAUGUCCUAUGGAGAGAGGCCCUACUGGGACAUGAGCAAUCAAGAUGUAAUUAAUGCCAUAGAGCAGGACUACAGGUUGCCACCUCCUAUGGAUUGUCCUAGCGCACUCCAUCAGCUAAUGCUUGACUGCUGGCAGAAAGAUCGCAACAACCGUCCCAAAUUCAGCCAGAUUGUCAGCACACUGGAUAAGAUGAUCCGCAAUCCCAACAGCCUCAAGGCCAUGACACCACUGUCAUCAAGUGUUCACUUAGCUCUGCUUGACCGCAGCACUCCAGAUUUCUCCUCUUUCAGCACUGUGGAUGAGUGGCUGGAUGCCAUAAAAAUGGGCCAGUACAAGGAGAACUUCACCAAUGAAGGCUUCACCAGUUUUGAUGUAGUCUCUCAAAUGACCAUGGAGGAUAUCCUCCGAGUGGGAGUGACAUUGGCUGGUCACCAGAAGAAGAUUCUGAACAGCAUCCAGUCAAUGAGGGCCCAAAUGAACCAGAUCACCUCUGUGGAAGUGUGAUCUCAUAGACCAGGAGCACAAAGACUCUGUUCACUGUACGACGUCCAGCUGCCAGUAACCCUGCAUUGAGGACACAGAGACUAUGGCUUCAAUCGAACCUCAGAUUCACCUUUCCUUACUCCAAACACUGUCCAAAGGCUUCCAUCAGUAUGCAGCACAGCACAGAUGUUGGGUAGUUUUGUUGAAACUGCUGUAAAUUCAGGUAACAGUCAUGUUUGAGGGUUGUUGACCAUAACCAUCGGCAUCUAAUCUUCAAACUACUACAGUCAGAUUUAUUGUUAAUUUCCAAUCACUCUUCCUCUUGCUCCACUACCAGCAAGUUAAGUUAUUCUUGCAAAUUUUCUAAAAUUGCCCUUGUAAUUUGAAUUUUUGUCACAUUGAAAGGUAAUAUUUAAAACAGCAUUAGCUGGACUCAAUGAACUGACUAGUGCAAAAUGCAAAUCAUGCGUUGAGCGCAUUUAUUUAUAACUGCCACCUUCACCUUACUGCUACCUCUGUCCCACAGUAAUUGUGGACUUUUUAUUAACUAUUAGAGUUACAAUCCAGAACGUUUUGUCAGAUCAAACCCCCUUUUUGGUACAGGUAAUUUUACAUUUACAUACAGUGUGUGGUGUGAAUUCAAAAAAGGAAGCAUUGCCUAACUAUGACCAUAACCCUCCUUAGUUUAUUUAGCAGUUAAAAAUCCAGCUCUUAUUAACAUUGCAUUACUGGUGCACAGAUGAUAGUUGUUUUGGGAUAUCUUUAUUGUGUUUAUGGGCUCCAAGACUGAAAUUAAGUGAAGACGUUUGGUCUUUAAAAUGUCUCUUUAAAUGGUCUUCGUAAAUUUCAGUGUCUGGUUGUCCAUAGUUGUUUCAACUGGUGAAAGGACUUAUGACACAAUGAAGGAACCAGGUACCUACUAUCGACCCACAGACUUUAGAAGGAUCUUUAUAACAAAUCAUGUUUGUGGUGGUCAUCUUACAUGUCAUAAAUUGACACCUAAUAUGUUGAGAAGUUAAUUGAUUGCUUUUUUACAGACAUCUUACCCAAAAAGGGAAUAUUUUAACUCUGAAAUAUAGUCCUUGUCACUUGAGAUGAACUAUUAAUUAGACCAUGCUGUUUGCUAAUUAGACCAUGCUUUCCUGUUACUUCACUGUCCUAUUUGCUGUUGGAGCUCUGAUGAAUAACUGUAAAUUCUGAAUCAGGAUUCUGACUAGCAAACAAUACUUUGCAAUAUGCUUCUCAGUGCUGUACAUAUGUUUUGGAGGUAACGGUUUACAAGUUUUCAUGUUUUACAGUCAGUUGUUCAAGAGAAAUCCUUUUUAACUUCCAGUUGUCGUGUUGUACAUAUCAGUCUAUUUUUUCAUUUGAGAAGAUAACCUGACAGAAAAAAGACUGCACUUUUAUAUGGCACCUUUUAAUCAUAGCUGUUACACAAAUUGCUUUACAGUAUUUCUUAUUCUCACACACCAGUGGCAGCUACGCAAGGCGCUGGCUUGACGACAGAAGCAACUUAGGAUUCAGUGUCUUGCCAAAGGAGAGUUCUGUAUGAUGAGGCAACUCAGCUACUAACCCUGAAUUUAGUGGCGCAACACUACUUGAGCCACAGCUUCCCAAAUGGUGUCUGCUACAGUCUAAUUACCACACCAGCAUUUAUUAGUCUAUCCUCUAAGUAGUUUAAAAAACAUCCAAAUGUGCUCCAAAUUUUAAAAUUUCAUGUCAGGCUGUAGAGGAGUGCUUUUUAAUAUAGGUCAGAAACAUAAUGAAAAAUGUAAUGAAUUAUGUGCAAAGUGUCAGAUUAAAGUGGAUGAUAGAUAUCCCUUUAUGGAAUGACUUCUAAAUUUGACACCAAAGCGUAGCCUUUAACAUCGAACUAUGUGUCACUUCUUGACUGUGACAACCUACAAUGUCAGUUUCUUGGAUACAUAAAUUACACAAACUCCUGCUUUCAUAAUUACAGAUACAGAUCUAUUCAUUGUGAGACAACUAGUUCCUUUUUGUGAAAAAUAGAUUCUCGUAAUUAGUAUGUCAUAUUUUCUCAUUAAAAAAACUGGAUAGCAUUUAAUAAUACGAUCCACAACCUAUGCUAUAAUUUCCCAUAUUUAACAUGUUUUCAUUUAGGAUUUUUUUCAGUUAUCUAAAAAUACUUCUACUGUAGGUACAUUGCAGCGAAGAGUAAUCAUUGGAAGUAACUAAAAAAAGAAAUACAUUAGACUAAAGUAUAAUAAAGUACUGCAAUAUGGAGUAGAAAACAGACACAAAUUACUGUAAGAAUGUUUUAUUUCCUUUUGGAACAAACAAUAUUUCCCCUUCUUACUUUGUAAUUACAUAUUACUAUUUGGAGUCUGUACUAUGGCAUAUCCUAGCCUCUGGCUGAUUGCACUGCAAUUAGUCUGUUUUGCUGUGCAAGCUGUAACAAGCUUCAGUUGUGUUUACAAAUUGAAAUAGCGCCAUUCAAUCAUCCAUUUUCUUCCGCUUAUCCAGGGCCAGGGCCGGGUCACUGGAGCAGCAGCCUAAAAAGAAACCCAGACCUUCCUCUCCCCAGCUACGUUCUCUAGCUCAUCUGGGGAAACAUCAAGACAUGUCCAGGCCAACUGAGAGAUAUAAUCUCUCUAGUGUGAUCUGCAUCUAUCACAGGGCCUCCUCCCAGUAGGACAUACCUGAAACACCUCACCCAGGAGGCAUCCUAUAAAGAUAACCUAUAAAGAUAACCAAACCACCUCAGCUGACUACUUUCAAGGAGUAGUGGCUGUACUCUGAGUCCCUCCUAAAUGACUUAACUCCUUGCCCUUCUCUAAGGGAGAGGCCAGCCACCCUUUGGAGAAAGCUCAUUUCCACCUUGUAAGGGCAAUCUCAUUCUUUUGGUCUAUACUCAGAGCUUGUGACCAUAGGUGAGGGUAGAGACGUAGAUCAACUAGCAAAAUAACAGCUUCACUUUUAUGCUCAGCUCUCUCUUCACCACAGUGGACUGGUAUAGCAUCACAUCACUGCAGAUGCAGCACCAAUCCAUCUGUCAAUUUCCCACUCCCCUCUCCCCUCACUUGUGAAAAAGACCGUGAGAUACUUAAACUCCUCAGCUUAAGGCAGUGACUCAUCAGUGACCAGGAGUGGGCACUCCAACCAUAGCCUCAAACUUGGAGGUGUGAAACACUCUAAUGCAAACUGGAGGCCGCCACCUGAUGCAGCCAACAGAACCACAGCAUGCGCAAAAAGCUGAGAUGAGACUUUGGAAGGCUUCCACUUUGGUGGUCUCACACCAAAGUGGAAUCCUUCCACCAGCUGACUACACUGAGAGAUUCUGUCAGUAAAAAUUAUGAACAGAAUUGCCAAAGUCUCUGGUGAAGUACAACACCCAGACCAAGUCUGAACAAGUCUGGCUUACUGCUGAUAAUGCGGAACAAGCUCUCACUGCAUUUGUAUAGAGACCAAAUGGCUUGUAGCAAUGGGCCAGAUACCCCAAACUCCUGAAGCACCUCCCACAGGCACCCCCAAGGGAAGUGGUCAGAUGUCUUCUCCAAGUGCACAAAGCACAUGCAGACUGGUUGGGCAAACUGCUACGCACCGUCGAAUAUCCGAAAACCUCCUCCUGAAUCCAAGGUUUGACCAACAGAUGGACUCUCCUCUCCAAUACCCUGGUGUAGACUUUCUCAGGGAGGCUAAGUAGUGUGAUUCCCCUAUAAUUGGAGCACACCCUCUGGUGCCCUUUUUUCAAAAAUGGGAACCACCACCCCAGACCUCAACAAGAUGUUACUGAGACGUGUCAACCAAGACAGCCUUACAACAUCCAGAGCCUUGAGAAACACAGGGUGAAUUUCAUUCACCCCAGGGGCCCUGCCGCAGAGGAAUUACCUCCUCCAUCUCCUUUCCCUUAGUGAUGAGCGAGUCAUCCCCCUUAUCACCAGACUCUGCUUCUUCUGUGGAAGGCAUGGCAGUGGGAUUGAGGAAAUCUUUGAAGUAUUCCUUCCAUUACUCGACUAUAUUGGAGUCAGCAGGUAGAGCACCAGUUUCCCCUCCUGAAUCACCUGAUGAUUUGCCAAAAUCAUUUUUAGGGCAAACUGAAAGUUUGUGUACCAUGGCAUUAUCUUACUCUUCCCACACCCGAGAUUCUGGCUUCAGCUACUGCCAGAGCAAAGCCAAAGCUCUUCUUGGUCUGCCAGUACCUGUUAGCUGCCUUCAGAGUAACACAAGCUAACCAAGCCCAAUAGUACUCCUUCUUCACCUAUGGCUCCCUUGACCUAUGGUGUCCCCCAUCUGGUUCAUGGCAGCCAUCAACCACCUUGCAGCAGCAGCUCCAUGCCACUGCCUCAACAGUAAAAGUGUGGAAUAAGGUCCAUUCUGAGUCAGUGUCCCCAGCCUUGUUCUGAAUGCUGCUGUAGUUCUUCUGAAGGUGGGAAUUAAAGAUCUCACAGUCCAGGGCCUCUGCCAGAUGCUCCCAGCACACCAUCGUUUUGGACUGCAUGCUGGACUGGCCUG